AUGGCUACCUUGGUUUUCUACCCCCAAAUAACAUAUUUUCGACAGGCUAUUACUGAUUCAAAACAUUAUGUAUGUCUCUCCUCUGAUGGUUAUAAUAAACAAUUACCCAUAUUGAAUUUCAUUGGUACUGUUAAAUUACAUGGUACCAAUGCUGCUAUUGGCUACUUAAAAGGUUUCGGCUACUGGUGUCAAUCACGAAAUUGUGUGAUCACACCUGAUAAAGAUCAUGCCGGUUUCACUGAACAGAUUUUCCCUUUCGCAGAUGAAUUUUUCAAUGUUUAUGUUCUUCCUCAUUGUCCAACAAUUCGUGAACAUUAUCAACGUGGUGAUAGAAUCGUCAUUUUUGGUGAAUGGUGCGGUGGAAAUAUUCAAAAAAAUGUAGCUCUUUGUGGUCUUCCAACUAUGUUUGUUAUCUUUAAAGUGAGAAUCGUCAAUCAAUUAACAAAAAAAAGAACAAAUGCCAAUAUAAACAAUGAAGAGCAACAAGAGACACAUUCAAGAACUUUUUGGCUUGACCCAAAAGAAUGGGCAAAUAUAAAAUGGCAUGAACAUUCUAUUUAUAAUAUUUACGAUUUUCCAACUUACACAAUUGAAAUCAACUUUAAUCAACCAAAACUUUCACAGGAUGCACUGACAAAAAUUACUGAGGAAGUCGAACGCCAAUGUCCUGUAGGUGCUUAUUUUAAUCGAGUAGGCAUUGGUGAAGGUGUAGUAUGGACUGAAUGGACUAAUACUGGAGGUGAUCUUACUUUCAAAGUUCUAAAUAACACUAAUCAAGCUGGUGCUGGAAACGUUGCUGGUGGUGACGCAUUACAUCGUUAUGGAAUUAUGGCAACACCAUGGCGACAAGACUGGCGUUAUGUACUCUUGAUAGAUGAAAAUACAAAGACCGGUCCAUUCACAAUGGAUUUAAUCGAACCACAUAUUGCUUUAGCACAUGAUCGUAUUGAUUUUGAUGUUAGUGAUUUAUCAUUAGAACGAGGAUAUACAAAAGAUUUGGGCAUGCGUGUCGAUAUCACAGGUGGAUCAUAUUCAAUUCAACUUGAAACGAUUGUUGAAAAUAUUCGUAAUAAAAAUUUUCAAGUUUUACGACCAGUUGAUGGUGAAAACGGACCAAAUACGUCGGGAACAGUGGCUGAAAGAAUUGAGAAGAUGAAAUCAAGAGGAUGGACACAAAUUGGUACGCCGUUCUCGUUUAUUCCAGAUCCCCCAUCAACUUAUAAUGCCGUUCUCGUACCUUAUCCAUCGACCACAUUACUCUAUCAAAAUCUCGUUACUGAGAUGAAAAAAAUACCUCAAGCACAAGUGAUAUCAAUUGAACAAAUAAAAAAUCCGAAUAUUGAAGCGUUAGAACGAGAAUUAUUUCAUGGUACUAGUGGUGAAGCAAUUCAAGGAAUCAUUGACAGAGGUUUUGAUGAUCGAUACUUUUCUCCAUCUGGAGCAUGGAGACGUGGCGCAUACUUUGCCGAUGAUCCUCGAAAAUCGAAUUUGUUUGCACGACCCGAUCCAACCACACAGCGUCGCGUUAUUUUUUACAACAAAGUUUUAUUGGGUGUUGAAUCCGUACAAACGCAACCAAACAAUUCAAUUAGUGUAGCACCACUAAAUCAUCAUUCUGUUCAUGGUACUGGAUUUCAAUACCAUGAAUACAUCGUCUAUCGAUAUGGUCAAGCCUUGCCAUACUUAAAAAUUACUUAUACAGCACCGUAA